GGAAGCUGAAAAUGGGGAUUGACACCACAUUAUACACUCCACGCCCUCUCCCUUCUGCACCUUUCGAGCGGGAAACGCAUACACUAUGCUAUCCCUUUCCCUCUCUCUCUCUUAAAAAGUACCUCAAGAACUCCAAACUCUUCUCUCUCCUCACCGAUCUCACAAACACAAACACAAACACCACCUUCCAAUUUACUUGUAUGAAUGAUUGCGCUUUCAACUAGAGUUUUUCUCUCUCUAGGUACCUGUGGUUUUCCCUCUCUUGUAAAUCUGUUGCUUUACCUCUCACUAUCCCACAAAUUUCACUACUUUUCCUCUCUUUCACUUCAUUUCUCGUUUUACCACUCUUUAUUUGCCUAAUUAUACACUCCUUUUCCCUUCUCUCUCAAGCGCUGAGAUGCAAGGGGGUUUUUCCAUACGGGAAUAUGCUUCGAGGAUGAGAAGUAUAAACGUGGUCAAGUGCUGGCCGUUCGAUGAGACAUUGAGCGAAGAAACUGUGAAAUCGCUGCUGCCUCCGAUCGUCGUCAAGAGAUUCACGUGGUGGCUUGAUGAGCUCGAGUAUUUGAGCUCAGAAACAGCCGAGAAACUCACAAUUUUUGAGAAAAAGACAAACAAAGUGUCGGAAAAGGGAGAAACAUCUUCGAUAAAUGCAGGCAGAGAUUUGGAGGAUACUGAGGAGGGCGUCAAAGAGGUGAAACUCAAGUCUUUCAAGGGGAAAAUGAGAGCCACAAAGAAGAGGUCUAUUUUGGAGAUAUUCGCGGUGGCGCCGCCGGUUAAGCGAGCUAUAAGCGGGGAGGAGGAAGGAGAAGAUAAUGAUGAUGAUGAUAAUGUGGGAAUUAAUCGAGCGCCCAAGAGGAAGAGGAAGAAGAAGAAAAAACUGAAGAAUACAGAUGCUAUCUUGAAGAAAGCGUUGAGAGCCGUCAAGAAAAUCAAGCGGAAGAAGGCGGCUGCGGCGGCGGAGAAACGAGGCGGUGAGAUUUCGGACAAGGAUAAUUGUUUUAAACUCAAACCGCGAACUCAAGAAAAAGCUACUGGAAACUCAAGUUUAUCAUGCAGUAACGAAGUAGCAAAUGAUAUUCGUCAUUUUUUAUCUAUCCCCAAGAGGAAGGGUCCGUAUAAGAAACUCGUGCCUUGUAAAUCUUCUAAGUUGAUUGAAGAAAACCAACAUCCAGAGCUUCCUGUGCGUAGCAUUUUAAAGAAUCGCAACAGUGAAUUGUCGCCAAAGCAGUCGAAGAAAUGUAUCUUGCAGGAGGCAGUCCAAUUGAAUAACUGUGUCGCCCAGAAGGGAAACAAACACGUCACUUUCUCAGAGAAUGGCGAAGUUCUUAGACUAAGUCGGAAACCAUCUCAAUCUGUGGAAUGUUCUGCGCUGCAAAAGGAUUGUGGUUCUGAUACAGGCAAUGUUGACUAUGCUGUAGCCGUGGGGAAAGAUUUAACUGUUUCGGAAACCAGUGGAAGUGAAGAUGCAUCUACUAGAACUGGAAAGGAAUUAGGUGCUGGCCCUGCAAUUGACGAGCAGCUCGCUAGAUUUAGUGUCGAUUCAACUACAAUUGGAAAACAGGUAUAUGAAGGGGAAUAUUCUUCCAGAUCUGGAAGUUCAGAUAGACGCGCAAUGUGUAACACUAACCAUUAUUGGUCUGACCAUGGCCUAGCAGAUGCUACACAUAAUACAAAGGAUGUCUGCUCUCCUCGAUUCCUUCACAUGCCUCGUGAUGGGUACUACAACAAUCCAAAUAUGAAGGUGAUCACGACCUCAUCAAACGGUACCUGUAGGAGACUGAACAAAGAUACAGGGACUCCUUGUCCCAUAUUUCCUCCAUUGUGUUUCGAAGACUAUCUGAGAACACACAAUGAUGCUGCAAUGUCUCACCCGUCAAAUAUGAGAGGGGCAUACAAACUAAGUCAAGCUUCUCCAGAAUGCACAGCUGUAGAUUGCGCUCAUUCUAUUCAUUUUCAAACAUUUCCACAUCUUUCUCCCAAUGAACUGCUGCAGACUUUCUGUUCCCUGCCAGAUGGGAGCCAGACUGGAGAUGUUCGUGGAAGGAGCACGAAUGGCAUAAAUGAGGAGUUUGUUGGAUUGCCUCUCAACUCACAAGGGGAGUUGAUCGCGUGGAAUUCAAGUGCCACAAUGGAGGGUAACCGCAUGAUGAAUUCAAAUGUUAAUGCUGCUCCAUGUAUUGGUUUAUCUCUGCCGAGCAAUGUUGUCUCAAAGUGCUCGGGCCAUCAUUCAGAGUGCAGAGAAUUGGAUAGUCGAACAACCUCAACGGGCCAGUUGAAUCUGUUCCCUGUCGAGAGCUACGUGAAAGAGAAUGCUAUGUCUGUUCUUCAUUCAAGAUUGGGCAUCAUUGAAUCUCAAAGCGAAAAGGAAAAUCUUGACUUGGAUUUUCUUGAAACAAACUAUCAUCCCUUUCACAGUCCGGUGAAAACUAUAUGCAGAGGUGAUAAUCAGGUUCAGAAGGGUCCUGAAAACGAGAAAUUUCAGUCAACAAUGCGUUUGAUGGGUAAGGAAUUUGAAGUCGGUGGGAGGGGCAUUCAAGGAUUUGAGGAUGGACGUAUGUGGAAGGAUAAGCAGAUCAUAGACGAGCGUCAUUUUCGGAAUGAUCAGAAUGAACCAUCUUUUAGGCAGUUGAGAGAAACUUUGUUCUAUCCAUCAGAAACAACAGUCAAUCACAGAUCAGAAAGCAAGUAUCCUCUCCCUCACUUUGAUAGUCAAACUAGCUCGACGUACAAGAGCAUGUUUCUUACAAGAACAGUCGAUUGUGCUCAGAAAUUAUAUCCUGGAGGCCUUUCUCCAGGUACUUUUUCUGAAGUUUACAACUGCAAGUCUUUGUUCUCUGAGCCCUACGCCACUGGAUACGACUCUCAGCUGUUUACCCUCGAGCUCCCUAUGGCAACGGCUCCACAUCAGGAAUUCCGUUCAGAGAGCCCCAGUGUCACUCAACUCAAAAACAAGCAGAAUCUGCAGUAUUCUCCAACAUCAUCCAUCAAAUUUCCUUUCAUGCAUCCAGAUCUCGAUGGGAAUGCCAAUUCUUCAUGGUCUCGAAGAUCUUCUCUGGUCCAACACCCUUUGCGUUUUGAUGACUCAGAAAAGGCGACACAGUUAAGUAACAGCCAAUCUUGUAAUCUGGGACGUAAUCAUCUGUAUCUGAAUCCUGGAACUAGUUGUGGAAUUAAUGGUUCGGUGUCUUUUCCACCCGAUGAUUUUUGUAUGUUCAAUCCUUUGCCGUCUGACUCUGCCUUGCAGUCUGUGGCUCCAGCUCCCUUGGCUCCCGUGCCUUACUAUUCUGGGCUAUUACCAGUUUCUGCUAUGCAAAGAAAACUUGAAAAUCAUAACAAACUCAAAGAACGGAUCAAGUCAAGGAUUGGCGUUAGAGGUCUUGAUAUUGGUAAGAAAUUGAAUGCUCCCUUUAAGCCCUUCAAGAGGCCUAUCUUAGGAUUUCACGAAGGCCACCAACGUGCUAUUAGAAAGCCAGCAGCCUGCGUCGGCUUUGAAGAUACUGUUACAUAUACGGAGGGUGCAGCGUUCGAACCAUGUUCAGCUGCUAAAAAUCCAAGAUUCAUGAUGUCUGGUGAAUAUGAUCUGACUAACAAUGAUGGACAAACUAUUCUUCCAUGGUCGGAUUCCUACAUCGAGACUGCAAGAACAGGUCCUAUCAGGCUUACUGCUGGAGCUAAGCACGUAUUAAAGCCUCGUCAGCAAAAGGAUCACAGUAGCACCAGAGCCACAGAUCAGGACAUCUCUCUUUCUGCAACUAACGUAGGCUUCAGAUUCUCAGAUUCGGAAAAUUCAGCACAGAUGUUCCGGUUUUGAGGGAAAGGUCCUAAGCUUAAGCUGUGAUUCUGUGUUGAGCUGCGGUUGGAAAGCUCAACCACGAGGAGCAGUCCAACGAAGGGUGCUUGCGAAACAUCACAAUCAACCCGAACCAUCACUGGGUAAGCUCCUUCAUCUAUUUGAUUUAUUUUCCACUGUUUUGAUUAUAUGUUUUUUGAAAUAAACCAAGUGGUGAAAUAUCUUUGUUAACGGCUACUUAUGUAUCAGACACUUUUUGCUAUGUUGAAUGAAAUGAUAGUUUAAUUGGGGAAAAAGAAAA